GUGCUUUGUUGACAAGCUUCAGAAAGAAGGUCAUGGCACGUACAAAGCAGACUGCCCGCAAGUCCACUGGUGGGAAGGCACCAAGGAAGCAGUUGGCUACUAAAGCUGCCCGCAAGAGUGCUCCCUCCACAGGCGGGGUGAAGAAACCCCAUCGCUACAGACCUGGUACAGUGGCCCUGCGUGAGAUCAGGCGCUACCAAAAGUCCACUGAGCUGCUGAUCCGCAAGCUUCCAUUCCAGCGCCUGGUGCGUGAGAUUGCCCAGGACUUCAAGACUGACCUACGGUUCCAGGGGGCUGCCAUAGGGGCCCUGCAGGAGGCCAGCGAGGCAUACUUGGUAGGCUUAUUUGAAGACACCAACCUGUGCGCCAUCCAUGCCAAACGUGUCACCAUAAUGCCAAAAGACAUCCAGCUGGCUCGCCGCAUCCGUGGGGAACGCGCCUAAUCUCCAACAUUUCAGAUGAAGAAAAAAGUCUAUGUUCUUCCGGCUCACUUGGUAGUGAUGAGUGUUAGAUUUAUUCCAUAUGGAAUAUGACCUUGAUAUUUAUGUACCUUGAUAUAAUGUCAGCAAGAAUAAAGAAAUGCGGGCAGGACAUCAUUUUAAUGCAGUUUUGUGAUUUACAGGAUAUACCAGCAUUUUUCUAAAUGAAGCAACUGUUGUUUUUAUUUUCAGUACACUAUAUUUUUGACACAAGCAGUUUUCAGUCAAUAUUUAAUUCAGUUGGAAACCAGAAUUAGCUAUAGUCUCCUACCGUUGUGAUGUAAAUGUUGUGCUUUUCUUGAAAUGUUUGCUAUUAAACCAUUAACUUGAGAAAAAAA